AAGCACAUACGCGAACGGGAAAAGCAAAGAAGCACCGAGCUGGCCGAGUUUAUUUAGAACUGAACAUUACAAGGCGCCUUUACAACUCAUUGGACGAGCAGCAUCAAAUUUAUGGACUUCACAGAUCGGUGUAGGCGGCGGAUAUCGAGGAGAUAUGCUAAUAUUUUUCAGAAUUUUUAAAACUUCAGUCCAAAGUUUUUUUUUUUUAUUCUGUUUUUGUAAGGGUGUUUUUGCGGCGACCAAUUUGUAACUGUUGGGUUGUUCUCAGGAAUUGAACAGAAAUACACACACAUUGAAAACAUGGAAGAAAACCGAAAUCUUCAAUUCCGGAUACCCCAGACUACUAAAGUGCACCCAGCUGGAUCAUGGAUGUUCAGAAUGAUAAUGUGUGCUCUGCCAGUGGCUCAGAUCACCAUAGGUUCGAUCUACUUGAAUUCCUGCUCUGUCCAGCAUUAUAUCCCCAUCUACUUGAUUGUGUCAGGAGUGUUUUCUCUUGUAAUGGACUUCCUGUCUUUCUUCCACCUUGGCAAGGAAGCAGAGGAAGUUGGGUCCAAUGCAAGGGGAGGUUCCACCAUGUGCAAUGGGCUGCUGUCUCUGUUCAUGUUCUGCUGGUUCAUUACAGAAAUGCUAUCCGAGUCUCCAAGACUGAUCAAUAUCUCUUCUGGAACAGAAAUAGGUGGGAGGUAACGUUUGGAUUUACUCCAUCUACCAGCCCAACUAUGAUGAAAAAAGUGGUGUUCCUUACUGCAAUAAGACACUCUACUUAUUUGCAUUUUGGAGCACAACAGUGGUCUACGUUGGACUUGGCAUACUCCUGCUGGUGGGCUGUUGCUUUAUGCUAUGUGCAUGUAUAAUAGGGGUUAAUCAAACCAAUUCAGAUGAUUUGGAAGGUGGUCAGAACUGAAUUACUCCUUAGCCAUAACCAGAUGGUGUAUUUGUGGGUGCAAAGAAGAGUUUUUGGUUUUACUUUGUAUUUGUUUGGUUUAAAAAUACAGAAGUCCAAACCCUGGAGGAGACACCAUUCUUUCACUUUGUUUUAUAUUUUAUGCCAUUCUUUUUCUUGUUAAUUUCACAAAAUAUGCAAUCUUAAAAAUGGUGGUCACUACCAAAUAAUGGUCACAAUGGUGUUCAAUUAAAAAUAAAAAAAGAAAGAGGUAAGAGGUGACUGAUGCUUAGGUACAGGGAGGGCGUAUUCUUUUUUUCAAUUUAAAUGACUUCUUCCACCUUUUUGUUUUGGUACGAUGACCAAGCCUUAUGGCCUUAGCAUACCAUAGGCUGCUUCUGUGUUAUACCUUAAAAAAAGUGGCCUAGAGAAAAAAAAAUCAAGGUUUUUAUACUGCCAAUUUCAUACAUUUUUACUCAGUUUCAUUCUAAAGCUAGGCCAUAAUCUUCAUUAAGGUUGAGGUGCUUUGAAGUAAAUUAGAAAGUGAAAACACUUGUCCAGUAUAACUUACUUUGGUGGCAUUCAGGUAACUCCAACUGAGAAGAUAGUAAUGUCCUACAAGUCUCCUGUUAAUGAUACGUGCAAGUGUACUAAAUGGGGUGCCACUCUCAUGUCACCUCUGGGUUGAUCAUUGAUGCUUAAUUUUUGCUGAGAUGUGCAUGUUGUUUUAAGGGUCUUUGAAGAGAACAGCACAUGGUACAGAUAAAAGCUGAAUAAAUUUAAUGUGGUUGUGUGCUUUUUAUAUCCGCUUUUUAGUUUUUAACAUGCCAGGUGGACUUUGAAUAAUGAGAUAAUUUACUGGAGCCACAUAGCAUGCUGGAUAGUCACCAUUACUUUCGGGAAAUGUUUGGAAAUUAUGGAAAUAUUCAGAAAUGUUUCAAUGUCUUAAUAUUAAUAAAAAGCAGUUUUUUUGCAGGA